UAUUUGAUGCCUCAUAAUAUCAUGAUUUUAUCUAUUUAUUUGAUGCUGUAUCAUGAUUUUAUGUAAUAAAUUAAUGACAGAAAGAAGUGAUAUAAAUAGGUCGUAGCAAAUGUACAAAAUUUAGCAAUUGUUAGUAGGUUUGCAUGUAAUUAAAAAUCAUGUGCAAUUUCAAUAAAUUGUGUAUUAUAGCUUAGCAGAAAAGGGCACAUAUUGUCAUUGCAUUUUAGCAGUGGACAGGAAGGAGUUUUAAUUUGUAAAUUCAUUUCUCAUUUUGCGUGCAUUUCCGAGUCUAGUUGUGACUCGUACAAUCCUAUUUUUAUACCAUUAUGUAAAGUCUUAUUCUCUGUUACAUGCAAUUGUGAAUGUAAUAAGAGGGAAAACGUCUUAAAUGGUUAUAUACCAUGAUAAUAAAUAAACAUAUUAAAGUUGAAACCUGUUUUUUCUUUAAUGUUCCACAAAAAUAUUCGAUUAAAGGUAUUAAUGAUUAAUUUUAUAAAAGGGCCUAUUCAAAGUCAAGGUCGUUUCAACCCUAUCCCUCAAUCAGGAAAUGUCUUUUUCGUUACUAUAUUUGCUAAGAUUUGGAGAUAUCUCAAUAUUUUCAAAUUGUAUAGGACAAGACCAGCCUAAGUUCUCAAACUCCUAAUCCCCAAAAAGCCGGUAACGCACUUGUAACGCCUCUGGUGUUCCAGGUGUACAUGGGCGACGCCGAUUGCUUACCAUCAGGUGAUCCGUCUGCUCGUUUACUGGCUUAUACCAUGUAAUCCUAUCACCAAAAAUUAUCUGCUUAGAUGACCUGAUCAACAAAUUGUUUAUUGUUCUUUACCGUUGUGAUGAUGCGAGCUCAGCCCUCGGUUAAGCUUGAGACAGUCGUUGCUUCUAGUUCGCCAUGAGAUAGCGCCGGAACUCAUCCCGUUAUAUAGGUACGGAGUUUAGUCUGGACGCGCUCAUCCCGUUAUAUAAGUACGGAGUUUAGUCGACGCGCCUCAUUGUGCAAAUUCCAGACGCGUGCGAGCACCUUGGCCUCCUGUGGCGGUAAUCCACAAUAAUGGCAAUCCGGUAAAAAUAUGGCUCCGGUUACGCCUACAAACCGGUAAUUUCAUAUGAGACCCAGAUUCGGAACAACAAUUUGUGGUGUGGAUUCCACAUGGUUACCCAACCACCCUGCGCUGUUAUCAAAAUAGCCUGGAAAGCUACCUACUUGUCAUCUACUAAGUUAUGUGCUGCAUAAGUCAUUAACGUUAACGACGAAUAUUCACAUGUAGGUAGUGUGUGCACAAUAUCGACCAUAACUUAUUGGAUAAGAAGCCAAAAAAUGUUCCUAAUGAUAGUAGGUAGGUAAAGCCAAAUCUACCGACAUACACUUAUAAGCAGAGAUUAAUAUAAGUACUGCUCAUAAGAUUAGUUUUGCCGUUUUGCUUCACUCUUCAGCCCUAUAUAGGAAAAUGAGAAUGAGAACAGCUACUUAAAAAAAUAAUCACACCUAUACUAAUGUAGUAGUGUUACUUUUGUAUGAUCAUCGAAAUUCUAAAGCUACGUACGUACCUACAACUGUGUAUUUGGAGGUUCCAGUUAUUGACUAGGUGCCUAAAAGUCCGGUUACAUUAAUCCCUUUCCCAAUGGCCGUACUGCAGUGCGCAUGCCCGCUAGAGUUCAUUCAGACAAGUGCUUCAUUCCAGCCUCAGUAAGUCAGUACUUCUCCGUCGAUUGGGGGGACAUCGCGUUUAUCAUGAAGAUUGGUCUGCAAAAGAAAAACAUUACUUUUUUUUAGUAUUUGUUGAUACGUAACCGUGUUUUUACUCCGUGAUCCGGUUUAAAAUAACAUGCGAAAGAAAAAUUUUAGAAAAAAGUGCAAUGCGAAUAUAUGAUGUGUAAUGGUGGAAACAAGGAGGGCCAAGUGCGGCGAGCCUGUCGGACAAUGGUGAGCGUGACACUGCUGCCACUCUUGGUGCUGGUGGCUGCUGCUGAUUGCUGUUAUCUUUUCCCCAGCGACGUUCCGGAUCCGUGUCGUGGUGUGAUUUGCGGGCCGGGUGCGCUGUGCCGGCCCACGCCCGAUGGCCGCGCGUACAAUUGCGAGUGCCCCACGUCGUGCCCCAGCUACGGCGACCACGAGGGCUCCAGACCACUCUGCGCAAGCGACGCCCGAGACUAUCCUGGCGACUGUGAGAUGCGCAGAGCUGCCUGCGAAUCAAAUACAAAUAUAACUUUCAAGUAUUACGGUAAAUGCGAUCCUUGCUCUGGAGUGACGUGUCCAGACCCUGAAGUGUGUCAGCUGGACGACCGACGGUCUCCAUCCUGCCGUUGUGCGGAACCCUGUCCCCUCGAGUUCUCUCCAGUCUGCGCCUCCGACGGGAAAACCUAUUCAAACGAGUGUCAGAUGCAUCGAGAGUCCUGUCGAGCAAGAAAGCAAUUGAAGAUUAUAUUUAAAGGACAGUGCAGUUCUGGUGUAAACCCUUGUGCCGAGGUGGAGUGUAGGCACGGCGCGGAGUGUCGCGUUGAGGGAGGUGGUGCGGUGUGUGCCUGUCCACCACCCUGUGAGCCUGUCCUACGGCCCGUUUGCGGCUCGGACUCACGCACUCACGACAGCGAGUGUGAACUGAGGAGAGCUGCCUGUCUACUGGGAAGGGAGCUCAGGGUACUCCACGCAGGAGCUUGUGGUUCCAACGGUGUAUGUGCUGACCGCGUGUGUCCUCACGGCGGAGAGUGCGUGGCGACGGGCGGGCGCGGUGUGUGUCGGUGUCCACGUUGCUCCAACGAGUUUGCGCCCGUUUGCGGCUCGGACGGGAUCUCGUACGGCAACCGUUGCAAGCUGCAACUAGAGGCCUGUCGACAUCGGCGAGACGUACAGGUGCUGUACGACGGACCCUGCAACGGGUGUGAAAACAAGAAGUGCGAGUUCUACGCGGUCUGUGAAAGCGACGGGGUCUCUGAAGCGAGCUGCGUCUGUCCUAAGCAUUGCGAAGAAGGAACUGAAACGGAGGAAGUUUGUGGGACAGAUAAUAAAACGUACAGUAGCGUGUGCGCACUGCGUGAUACCGCUUGCAAGGAGAAGAGGCGAAUUCAUAUCAAGCACAUGGGAUCCUGUGAAUCGUGUGCGGAGAUCGUGUGUCCAGCGGGUACAUGGUGUGCCCGGGGCACUUGUGGGUGUCAGGCAGCCUGCGCUGAGGCAGCUCGAGAGCCUGUCUGUGGAGACAACAGGAGGACGUAUCCUCACCACUGUGCACUGAGGCGGAGUGCCUGCGAAGCUAAGGCGCGAGGUGAACCGCCACCUCGAGUCGCAUACUACGGCGAGUGUACGGAACAAGACGAGAAUAAUACUGCAGACGGUAACAGAUCAUCGAAGUACACAGACUUGAGCAACGAGAUCCGCGCGGGAGAUGAGAACGAGAACUCUAGCGAAGCUGUGACCGGUACGGCGGUGUGCGCGCGAGUGCAAUGCGCGUACGAAGCUACGUGCGCUGUCGACUCCAAUGGACAACCCAGAUGCGCAUGUCUGUUUGAUUGCGCGGCCGCAGCUGCAGCAGCUACAUCCUCGGCUCCAGUGUGCGCGUCCGACCUGAGGCUGUACCCAACUUUAUGCCAUAUGAAGUUGGAAGCGUGCAGAAGACAGGAAGAUCUCAGGUUACGACCACUGCCUGUAUGCAGAGGGUUAGAGUUCAGGCCUUGUGGUGAUGAUGAGCCACUGACAGACGCUGAAGGCAGACCCAUCGAUUGCGGCGGUGGUCCUCAUAGGAAGGAUUGUCCAGUCGGUAGCUACUGCCAUCACACUGCCAAAGCUGCUCGAUGCUGCAGGAAAGAUAAAGCAGUUGUUGAGAAGAAAGGUUGCCAGGAGUCUUGGCACGGUUGCUGUGCUGACGGUGUGACGCCGGCUCGAGGGCCGGGCGGUGCCGGAUGUCCAGCCGUAUGCGGCUGUCACCGGCUCGGGUCCGUUAAUGAACAAUGUGAUGAAGAAGGACAAUGUGCCUGCCGUCCCGGUGUGGGUGGUCAGAAAUGUGACCGUUGCGAACCUGGUUAUUGGGGGCUUCCUAGAAUCGGCACCGGGCAUACUGGUUGCAUACCUUGCGGUUGCUCUGCGUUCGGAUCAGUGCGGGAGGAUUGCGAACAGAUGACAGGUCGAUGUGUUUGCAAGCCAGGCAUACAAGGACAGAAGUGCACCGUCUGCUCCAACCACGAGCAUACACUGGGACCUAAUGGCUGUUUUGAUCCGGAAUCUACACAACUGCCGGCAACCAACUGCGACCACAUGACGUGUUACUUCGGCGCGCACUGCGCGGUGCGCGGCGGGCUGGCCGCGUGCGACUGUGGCAGCUCCGAGUGUCCGCCGGCCGACGGGCCCUCCGUCUGCGGCAGCGACGGCCGCACCUACCUCUCUGCUUGCCACCUGCGCACGCACGCCUGCAGGACCCAGUCCGACGUCGUCGUGCAAGCCUUCGGGCCCUGCAGCGAGGAGGCACCCCACGUGCGCCGAGAAAAAAUAUACACGCAUUCUAGUAAUGUUAUAGAGAAUAACGUCGAAGGGAACUGUGCCAAAUCUGGUAAAGAUAACAGCCAGCCUAUCGUUGACGAUGUUGAAGAAGAAUUUGAGUCGAAUGAAGUGGAUGAUUAUUCAAUGUAUGAAGAAUAUUUAGAGGAAAACAACCGCGACAUGUAUGAAGUACCAUUGUUUGAUGGGCAAGCGAGACUGACGGCGCGCGCGAGGUUUCCUGCUAAGCGGUUCGACAUUUGGGCUGAGGUUUCAGCCGUUUGCGGUAGAGGCGCAUUAGUGAGUGCUUCCGGUACGAGGGACCAUUUGUGGCUUGGGUUUGUGGACGAUAGGGCCGUGUUACGGUGGGACGCCGGCAGUGGGCCAUUUGAGUUGCACACCGGAAAGGUUAGAAUUGAUGGGAAAUCCAAAGUAUCUGCAAGGAGGUAUAAGAAGGACGGAGUAUUGAAGCUUGGGUCUUCGGUGGCGAGAGGAUCUUCACAUGGACGAAUGAGUUCGUUGGAUGUGGAUCCCUACAUCUACAUCGGUCAUCCUCCGGAGAAUGUUACAAAAUUGUCAGGAGCGUCAGGUAUUCAAGGCUUCGUGGGUUGCAUACACCGGCUGCGUGUGAGUGGACGUGACCUGAUCCCUCCAUCCAGAGGCCUGACCUUCACUUCCUUCGGACUGAGAUCCUGUACUCCACAUAACUUAGCGCGGGUGGUAUGUCCAUGAUGAGUUGAUGACUCGAGGAGAAUAUUUAACUUGUUAAUGCAAGACUUAUUAUCAACGAUGAACACAUCGAUUGUUUUGUUUUUAUUUCAAAUCAUUUAUCGCAAGUUUCUUAUAAAACUGUUAACGUAGUCUUUCAGUAACUGUUAGACGUUUUAAGAUUUUAAUGUACUUAUCUUGAGAUGGUAUUGUAAGUAAUAUAUUUGAUCUAACUUCACCUGUACUGAGUAUUUCCUACUACUACUACGCUAUACCUUGCAAUGUGAUAUUCGUGUAACUUCAUACAGUUUCUAUAGCUGUAACAUAUUGUUAUCUUUGACAUAUCUAAUUCUAUGCGUUUUAUAAUAAAUUAUCUCCUUUUAUAUAAUACAGUUAUUUGAAAUAUUUAUGUUUUUCAUUGAGUAUGCUAAUAAGGAAGGUAUCACUUUACUUAUAGAGUGCCCGUCGGUGCAGACCACCCUUUCUGAUACAAUGUUUGCUUUCUAUUCGUAUCCUGUGAAAGGAGUCGUAUUUUAUCAACGUGUUGGAAUAUAAAAAUAUACUUUGGAAAAUGUCUAACGUUGGUCGAUGCAUAAUAAUCAGUU